AUGGCCCCAACUACACGUCGCACAAGCCGCAUUACCCCUCCGCCAGGCCCUUCUAGUGGCCACGAAGCUAAUACGAUCAAAAAGACUAGGUUCUUCACAGCGUACGACAAAGAAAUCUCAUUCAAAUCGCUACGCCAGAUCGCAAAGGAUGAAAGCACUACUGAGUCUACCGCGCGACGCUGGCUUAAGCAAUGUGAAAAUAUGGGUAUCUUAGCUUAUCGAUAUACACGCGGGAGAUCAGGCAAGCUUGGAAAGCCCUCAAAAGUCACAAAAGCUAUGUGUAAGAAGCUAGUCGAUCCGGCUAGAAAUCCUGUCCGAAAUCAGCCAUACGAAGCGCAGAUUGCCUAUCACAAAAUUCCUUCACAUAUUGACCCUUCGGCACAACAAGCUCCUGGGAUACUUAGAGAGCUUGGGACACGGUACGAUGAUGAGAAUAUUGUGGAGAGAGGAGAGAGGAAGGGAGUCAAGUUUUAUGUGGCUGUGUGGGUCACCUGGUUUGAUAAGGCUAAGAAGCUAGAGUUCUAUAAUGACGAAGAAGAGUACGAAGAACAACCCCCAAUGCCUACUAAGCCUCGCCGGCGGCCAACGACUGAAACGCCAGAGGAAUACCAAGCCAGACUUACGGAUUGGGAAGCCCAGAAGCCUCACAAAGUCGACGUUAAGCCGCAGGGUAAUUCCAUGACUCAGAAGUACUAUACAGAGCGUCUCUUGCCAGUUUAUAUCGAUGCUAUUCAAAAAGCACGUAUAAGAGACCCAGGACCGUGGCUUUUUCAAGAGGAUGGGGACCCCUCUUACGGCAUGAGGAAAAGGGGCCUCGCGCAGCAGCUUAAGGAGAAUAAUUGGAUUGUUAACUUAAAGCACCCUGCCUAGAGCCCUGAUCUAAACCCAAUCGAGGCUAUCUGGAACAUAAUUAAGCAGAGGUUACGGCAUAGGAUCUUCCAAUCUAAGGAGGAAAUCAAGGAGGCUUUACAAGAGGAAUGGAGCAAAGUAACAAUGACAGAAGUACGGAAACGAAUUUCCCAGAUGCCUAGGCGAUGCGCGCGCCUUGUUAAUAAUGGUGGAAAGCCUAUUAAGACUGCAUUAUGGUAAUUCAGGUGUAUAUAGUCUCAAUUAACUGAUUUCUGGCCCCC